AACAAACCGUACACGUAUAGUCCCUCACCCGGCCUUUGCAACUAACAGAAAGCAUUUAUUUUACUGGUGAUAUCGAGAAAUCGUGCAGACAUCCAUCGCUCGCUUUAGUUCUAACUAAAGAUCGGACUUGCCGUUGCCGCAGUAAUCCGUCUCAACGUCGUGGGCAUGAAAGGCAGGCUAUUGAGUAGACACGUGACCGCAGGUAUACGAAAUCACGCUGGGGCGACGCCGGCACCAAGCUUCCUCCAUUCGACAUGGUUCGGUCGACCAUAAUUGUACGGGCAUCAGAUGCAUUACCGCUCGCCGCUAGCGUAGACGACGAACAGACCGAGCAAACACUCCAGGAACACAAGCAACAAGCCAAGCUUAUAUUCCGUCGCAUAACUCCCCAUUCCGAACCAAAGUGUUCCAUCGAAAGCGGUCGAUAUACUCUACAUUACUUCCUUGCUGAUAAUGUUGUGUAUUUGACUAUCGCUGACCAGUCGUAUCCUCGUAAGCUUGCGUUUUCGUACCUGGAAGAGCUCGAGAAGGAAUUCUCCUCGUCCUAUGGACCCAAGGUGGAGUCGGUGAGGAAGCCGUAUGCUUUCGUUGGAUUUGACACCUUCAUGUCCAAGACUGCACGAUUGUACCGGGACACCCGGGCUGCUAGUGCUUCCCGAGGAUCCAACCUGGACAAACUUAAUGAUGAACUGCACGACGUCACCAGAAUAAUGACGAAGAACAUCGAGGAGCUCUUGCAGAGAGGAGACUCCCUAGACAGAAUGUCGCAUCUUUCUACUUCUCUUCGGACCGAAUCAGAAAAGUAUCGCAAGGCCGCAAGGAAUGUGAAUGUGCAGGCCAUGAUACGGCAAUAUGCGCCUGUCGGUGCUGUGGCACUUAUUUUCAUCAUUCUCCUUUGGUGGCGAUUCUCAUGAUUUGUUGACUACUUCAGCCACUGUACGUACUCUCUUAUGUACCAUUCCGCAGAGUACCUACCCCCUGUGGACAAACGACUGGCGUUCUGACGACAAUUGUAUGUCCUGCCGCUGGCCACAGGAUUACCUGGUACGUACAUAUUCCUACAUUAUACCACCAGAAGACUGCGGACCAUCUUUUGAUUGUGGGAGCGGCGCUACGGUCUUAACAUACCCGGCCGAAGUUACUGAGUCCUCGUGAUCCCUUCCCUUGAUUUGGAUCAAAUACAUCCAAGACUUGGUAGCACCGAAACACGUAACGGAGUUAGGUUUGAACGAUACAGCAUUCGGCGUUU